GUUUCUGGAAGUCGGCAACCGUGGUUCAGUUAUCAAUCCAUUCGCUUCGGUUCCAUUCCGCCGUACUCUGCGACGACGGGAAUGGCCGCGGUUCUCCAGAGCUUCACCUCCUUCGGCUUUGCGUCCUCUCGUCUCUUGACACCUCGAAGCCCAUUCUUUGGCCUCUCCAGCACCAAACGUCUCUCCUCUUGGAUUUCCCUUAGCCGGAAGUGCAGCAGCAGCAGCAGCGUCGGAAGGUCGGUUAGCCAAAUCCCCCUUGGCCAAAAGAAGGUGUCGGCGAAGGAGGUGCAGGAUCUGGUGAAUGGGGAGAGAAGCGUUCCGCUCAUCGGGUGUUUCUAUGCUACUUGGUGUGGGCCCUGUAUUAUAAUGGCCCAGGAGCUUGAAAUGCUUGCUGUGGAGUACGAGAGCAAUGCACUGUUUGUCAAGGUGGACACUGAUGAUGAAUAUGAAUUUGCACGAGAUAUGCAGGUUCGGGGACUACCAACAUUGUAUUUUAUCAGCCCAGAUCCAAACAAGGAUGCCAUUCGAACUGAGGGGCUUGUCCCGUCAGAGAUGAUUAAAAACAUCAUUGAUAAUGAAAUGUAAGAAGAAUAUCUCGAAGGCUUGUUGGUGGUGUAGCUGUUUUCACCAUGGAGUUUAUGACAGUCAUCUCAUUUAAAGAUUGCUUGUUUGCAUGCUAUUGUAGUGACAUGGUAGGUGCAACUCCAGAACUACUUCAUGAUCUGAAGGUGACCUGGCAGCCUCGAUAUAUGUAGAACGUAGAAUAAUACAGUAGAUUAAUAGUUCUGCUCCUAUGAUUUUUUCCCCUCGAAUCGUAGCGAAGUGAAAUGGUGAAUAAAAAAUGUGGUGAAAGCUGCCACAGCUUAGAAGGCUAGUAGUGCUAUGGGAUUCUCUGAUGGCUCAAUCAAUGGAGAAAGCCAUGGUAAUGGACAAUGAUGCCAUGCUGGUUUUGUUCUUUGACUAGAGUAUUGAGCAUGUUCUGUUGUAUUUAGCUUUGUCUUUCUAUUGGUUUAUUCAUGAAGAUUUGAAACCGCUAGUGUACAUCCUGACUAAGAUGAGAGACAAUAAUUUCUGGAUGUAUUGUCAAUAUAUAAUGCUGAUCCACGCUUGA